AUGGAGUUUCAGGUUGGUAAACAAGUUCUUCUUAAAGUGUAUAUGGUAAGGGACAUGGAGUUUCAGGCUGGUGAGCAAGUUCUUCUUGAAGUGUCACCCAUAAAAGGGGUGAUGAGAUUUGGCAAGAAGGGCAAGCUUAAUCCUCAAUACAGUGGACCAUUUGAGAUCCUUGACAGUGUAGGGCCAUUGGCUUAUAAGUUGGCCUUACCUCCUAGCUUAUAUGGAGUUCAUCAAUAUGAGGAGGAACCGAUUGCAAUUUUUGAUCGUGAUGUCUGGAGGUUAAGGACCAAGGAGAUCAAGUUUGUGAAAGUUCAAUGGAAGCAUUUUCCGGUUGAAGAAGCUACAUGGGAGGUCGAGAAGGACAUGCAAGAUAAGUAUCCUCAGUUGUUCGCCGAUUCGGGGAAUCUUCAGGCGGCUAUUGAUAAACCUCAACUAGGAGAUCGGUGA